UCUUGCGUUAGUAGAUAUGGCUUCAAACUCUCUCAGUUCUUCUUCUUUGGCCUUGUCCAUGUUUCUCUUAGUUUUAGCAAUAGCCUCAGCUCAGCUAUCGUCAACAUUCUACGACACUUCGUGCCCUAAUGCUCUCUCCACCAUCAAAGCAGCUGUAGAUGCUGCGGUGGCUAAUGAGCAAAGAAUGGGGGCUUCGUUGCUUCGGCUUCAUUUCCAUGAUUGCUUUGUCCAAGGUUGUGAUGGGUCAAUUUUGCUGGAUGAUACUUCAACUUUCACUGGUGAGAAGACUGCAGGGCCAAAUGCUAACUCAGUGAGGGGUUUUGAUGUGGUUGACACAAUAAAAAGCCAGGUUGAAGCUAUCUGCAAUCAAACGGUUUCCUGUGCUGACAUUCUAGCCGUUGCUGCUCGGGACUCUGUAGUUGCUCUUGGUGGCCCUUCAUGGGACGUUCAACUUGGGAGAAGAGAUUCUACAACUGCAAGCUUGAGCGAAGCCAACAGCGACAUUCCGAGCCCCGCAUCAGACCUCAACACUCUUAUUUCAGCGUACGCUAAGAAAGGGCUCUCCACUACCGACAUGGUUGCCCUCUCAGGAGCUCACACAAUUGGUCAAGCAAGAUGCACCACAUUUCGAACUCGGAUCUAUAAUGAGAGUAAUAUUGACUCUUCAUUCGCCAACUCAUUGAAAUUCAGUUGUCCGAGCGUCGGAGGAGACGACAAUCUUUCGCCCCUUGAUCUUCAGACUCCAACAGUAUUUGACAAUGAGUACUACAAAAAUCUAAUAAACAAUGAGGGCCUUUUACACUCUGACCAGCAGCUCUUCAAUAAUGGAUCCACUGAUGCUCUUGUGAGUUCUUACGCUACAAAUCCUAAUUAUUUUUGGACAGACUUUGCUAACGCAAUCUUGAACAUGGGGACAAUCACCCCACUUACGGGUAUCCAGGGAGAGAUCAGGCUCAACUGCAGGACAAUAAACUAAGAUAGAAAAUAAACUUAAGCAGGGUUGCACCUUUUGCCAACAAUGUUUGCUUAUUCAUCUUCUAGUGUUUAAUUAAGUUGUCUUUGUAAUCAUAUUACUGUACGAUGCUUGGUUUGAAAUUUAUUUGAAAAUUUUAUGGAGUUGGUUAUUUAUUUAGUUUAUUAGAAUUAGUAUAACUAUAUAACUAUACAUGCACCAUCAUUAUUCAAUAUUUAAAUUUGGUUGAGAAAUGUCUCACCAUUUGUAGCUUGAUGAAUACUUAUCAUAUUAUAAUAAGAGUUUCCAAAAUAAUAAUUGGGGAGGCAAUAUAAAUAAACCCAAAAGUAUAAGAUAAAACAUAUCAAAACAUAUUUGAAAAUAUGUGUCUCAAUUUGAACUAAGAUCGAUUAUGUUCAUAAGAGAUGUGUGAUGCUUUGAAAAUAUAGCCAUAACAUAAAUUAUAUAUUGCUGUGGUGUACAAAAUAAGAGAAUUGAACCUAUAUCUUAAGUAUACUCUUGUAUAGAGAAGUUGAAACUAAAAAAUAAUCACAAUACAAGAUUACGUCACACAAAGAUACCUUUCUUCUCGCA